AUGGAGUUAGGCAUUUACUCUCCAAAUUCUUAAAAUAACACUAAUUAGAUUGUUGAAGUUCUCAGUUUAUUAUUAUUUGAUGUUAAUUUAUAUGAUAUAGAAUUUAAAGAUAUUAAAUUUAAAACUGUAUAAACAAAUAGAGAUAUAGCUUAACUUAAAUUAUUAUAAUAGGAAUGGUUACCUAUUAAUUAUACAGAAUAAUUAUAUACUUCUAUUUUAAAUAGUUAUACUUCAUCCCUUUUAGCAGAGAUUGAAAUUAAAUUUCCUACAGGAAGAAAAGAAAAAUAUUUAAUAGGAGCUUAGAUUUAUUAAACAAGAUUGAUGAAAACAAAAUAUAAAAAUAAAUUUAAGCUGUAAAUAAUUGUUCACUAAUUCUUUUAAACAUAAAUUGCUUUUUAUAUUAUGACUAUUGGGAGUGUUAAUGAAUUUGAAGGAUUGCAGAAUACAUUAUUGA